AUGGUCAAUCAAGCCACAUCAGCUGCCCCUGCCACAUACUCCUCUAGCACUACCAAAACUGCGUUCCAGUCCUCUGUCCCUUCCUCCUCCCUCCCCUCCACUGUCGACUUUGUCCUUGACAGCGGCGCCACUGACACAGUUCUUCGCGAUGCUGGCACCUUGCGCCCCCUCCCAACGCCUACCUCCCUCCUUGGCGCCGAUAGCAGCUUCUCUAUCCCCUGCCAUAACACCUCGACUCUCCCCUGCCCACUCUUCCCCUCAGGCACUGUCACCGGUCUCCACAUACCCUCUCUUCGCGCUAAUCUCCUCUCGCAAAGGUCCCUUCAACAAGCCGGUAUCACCACAGUAUUCCCAGCUUAUGCUAACUAUUGCGCUCUCUACCAUUCCGCCACCGGUCAGUUCAUUUCUCGCAUUCCAUUUUGCCCUCGCUCUCGUCUGUACACCCUUCGGGUUCCUCGCCUCCCCUCCUGUCAGGUCAUCUCUCGUCCUCCCCUCCACCCUCUCAUCCCACCCCCUCCUCUCCCUCCCACUAACCCGGACCUUCCUUCACGCCCCCCCCCUGACUCCUCUUGCUCCUGUCGCUCCCUCUCCCACCCUGCCGUCCUCCUCCAUCACAGGCUAGGUCACCCUAACUUCGCUACUCUACGCUCCUCUGUAUCCUCCGGUCUCCUCCACGGUCUCCCCUCCUCCCUCCCUCCCCUCCCCAAAUCCCCUGCCCCCCCUUGCACCAUCUGCGUUCAGAGCAAGCUCAAGCAGCAGCCGCACCGGAGCUCCCCCUCCGCUGCUGCUCAGCCACUUGAUCUUGUUCACAUGGACCUCUGGGGCCCCAAUCCCUCUCCCACUCGCCAGGGCCAUCGAUACCUCCUCGUACUCGUCGAUGAUCACAGUCGGUACUCGUCCGUCUCUCUCCUUCGGACGAAGGCAGAUGCCCCGGCUGCGAUCAUCGCCUGGCUCGAGCGAGCAAACACCCAUUUUGGGCGCCCUGUUCGCCGCCUUCACUCUGAUGGUGGUGGUGAGUUCCUUAACAACCAAAUAUCCUCCUAUUGCCAGUCUCAUGGCAUUCUUCAGACUUACACCCUCCCUCACUCCCCACAGCAGAACGGUGUGGCUGAAAGUCGUGUUCGAGAGAUCACCAAAACUGCCCGGUGUCUCCUUGUCCACGCCUCCUGCCCUCCUUCUCUGUGGGGCUACGCCCUCCUUCAUGCCGCCCUGCUUACUAACCUUUACCCUCACCCUCUUCUCCCAUCCACCACCCCCACUGAGCUGUGGACGAACAACAAGCCUGAUGUCUCAUCUCUUCGUGUCUGGGGCUCAAAGGCUUAUGUCCUUCUUCACCCCGCUGACCGCUCCCGUUCUAUGGGAAAGCUUGCCCCUCGUACCCUUCCCUGCAUCUUUCUUGGUCAUAACUCCUCCUCACCUGACUACCUUUUCCUCCAUCCCCCCUCGGGUCGUCUAUUCCGCAGUAGGGAUGUGGUCUUUGAUGAGUCCACUCCUUACUACUCCUCUCCCCCAUCCACUGACCCACUCCCCCGUCUUCCCCGUCCCCUUGUCUGGUCUGACACCACCCCUCCCCCUCUACUUCCUCCUCCCCCCAUCCUCCCUCCCCCUCCCCCACCGUCGUCCUCGUCCCACGGUGCCCCUCCCUCGUCUGGUGAUAUAUUUGACCCGGAACCUCUGUCCUCUCCCGUCUCCCCCACACAUUCCUCUCCCGCCCCCCCUUCGCCUCCCUCGCUGCCGACUCGUCCUUCCCCCCCUCCCCGCACUGUACUAACCCGGUACCCCCAUACCAGGUCACGUGACAGUAUCCUUGGUGCACCGCCCCCUGUUACCCUCUCUACCUCUACCCUCCCCCCACUCUCCCCUCUCCUUCAUAACUUCUUCCAGGCUGUUCUGCAUCAACCUCCCCCUGCAGCAGCCCCCGCCGCCACCUCUCCAGCAGCGGCGCCAGCAGCAGCACCAGCAGCACGACCAGCAGCGGCACCAGCAGCAGGACCAGCAGCGGCACCAGCAGCAGGACCAGCAGCGGCACCAGCAGCGUCACCAAAAGCGGCACCAGCAUCAGGUUCAGCAGCGGCACCAGCAGCAGGACCAGCAGCGGCACCAGCAGCAGGACCAGCAGCGGCACCAGCAGCGGCACCAGCAGCAGCACCAGCAGCGGCACGUGCAGCGGCACCAACGGUCAUCCGCUCCUUCCACACCUCCCUCUCUGAGGACUCCCAUGAGGAGUUCCUUGACCUCCACCUCUGUGACCCUUCCCUUCUACCCAUCACCUUCGACCUUUCUGGGACACCUGUCUUCGCAUUCUCCUCUGCUCCCUCCGUUUUCAUCCCUACCACGUAUGAGGAGGCCAUGGCUUGCCCCGACGCCCCACUCUGGCUCGCCGCCAUUAUCAAGGAGCUGGAGGCCUUUGUCGCCAACUCCUCCUUUGUUGAUGUGCCUCGCCCUCCCUCCUCUACGAACGUGGUGAAGGGGAAGUGGGUGUUUCGCGUCAAACAACUGCCAGGGGAGCCGCCCGUCUACAAGGCUCGUUACUGCGCCAAGGGGUUCACGCAGCGGUAUGGUUUUGACUUCUUCGAUACCUUCUCCCCCACUGCCAAGCCCGCUACUGUUCGCGCCGUGCUCGACCUCGCCGCUCGCCUCAAUAUGGAGAUCCACUCGAUGGACGUCUCUAACGCCUUCCUCCAAGGCGUCCUCCGCGAGCUUAUCUACAUGGAGCGUCCUGCCGGUUUUCACCUUCCCUUCCCUGCGGACUCUGUCUGGCAGCUGCGUCGCCCUGUCCUCUUCCUCCGCGCCUCCCCCUCCCCCUUCUACAUCCUUGUCUAUGUCGAUGACAUGAUUCUGCUCACUGCCGACCUCAGCGAGUUGGAGCGUGUUAAGGCUGAGUUGGGCAGCCGUCUCAAGUGCAAGGACUUGGGCGAAUUGCAGCAUUACCUGGGCAUGACAAUCACCCGCGAUCGCUCCGCCCGCACCAUCUCUCUCUCCCAGGGUCAUUACUUGCAGCAGGUCUUGGAGCGGUUUGACAUGGUCCGCGGCGGCGCCCAACCUACUCCUCUUUCUGUCGGGCACCACCUCUCUCCACCCACCUCCCCCUCAGCCUCCUCCCAUCCUUAUCCCGAGCUCAUCGGCUCCCUCAUGUACGCCAUGGUCUCCACUCGCCCUGACCUUGCCUACCCCAUCAGCGUCCUCGCUCGUUUUGUUGGCGCAGGCAAGCAUACGGAAGAGCACUGGCAGGCCGCCAAGCGUGUCCUCCGGUACCUUCGUGGCACCAAGGACUAUGUCCUUACCCUCGGCGGCCCCUCCCCACCUACCCUCAGCGGCUACAGUGACUCCUCCUGGGCUGAUUCCCAGCCAGAUCGUCGCUCCUCCCAGGGCUAUGGCUUCUCUCUUGGCAGCGGCCUUAUCAGCUGGCGCUCCACCCGCUCCUCGGCUGUCGCCCUCUCCUCCUGCGAGGCGGAGUUGUAUGCCGCCACCAUGGCUGCGCAAGAGGCCCGCUGGCUCACCUUCCUCCUUGAGGAACUUGGUGCCCCCCAGCGCUGUCCCACCAUUUGGUGUGACAAUGCCAGUACCAUUCACCUCACCAAAGAUGCCGUGUUUCACGGGCGUUCCAAGCACAUUGAGCUCCGUCAUUUCUUCAUUCGCGAUCUUGUUCAGGCGGGGCACCUUCGGCUCGACAAGGUUGACUCGGCGGCCAACCUUGCCGACAUCUUCACUAAAGGUUUUCCUCAUGUCGCUCACUCUUUCCUACUUCGUCUUCUUGGCCUCACUCCUCCUAAGUCGCCUCCCGCCUCUUGA